AUGUCAACACUAUCAAUAGUUACAGUUAUAGUCUAUAAAAAGGCACUGAAAACUACCGAGAACCAUCAUUUCUAUUGUAGAAAAGAAACCAAUAUGAAUACAUUCACUGUUCUUUGCUUAUUCGUUUUGCUGCCCGGCUGUUUGAGCAUCACUUGCUAUGUAUGCUCGGCUGGAAUGAAUGGAUGCGAUCCGUUCAGUGCCACUGGCACAGGUGUAUCAACGACCAACUCAAGUACAAGCUGCAUGAAAGUUACUACUGGAGUUUCGUCAGGCACCUACCGAGGCGGUUUAAGUUCUUGUACAGCUGCCAGUAUUGCAGGCGUUGGCACAUUUUGCUGUUCUACAGAUUACUGCAAUGGAGCUACCAGCAAAUAUCAAGCACCAUUUCUCUUAGGCUUUGUUCUCGCUGCUCUUUUCGCCAAAUAUCGAUUUCUUUAA